AUGGGUGGCCGCGGCAAGGACAACUCGGACGUCCUGAUCAUGGCGGCAACAAACCUCCCGUGGACGCUCGACCGGCGGUGCGUGCAGCACAACAGCUCCCAGUACUAUACCCCCUGCGACAAGAACGGCCCCUUCGGCAGGCUUAUGACAUGGAAGAAGGUGCCGCCCAACAGGUUGAAAGAACCGCCGCUGACGGUAGGGGACUUGUUUGCCGUCAUGGAGAACGUGAAGCCGACGGUCGCGCAGGCUGAGCUGGCGAGAUACCUCGAAUGGACACAGCAAUUUGGGUUGGUGGGUGCCUGA